AUGACGAAAUGGCAGGUAGCUGUGGUUUACAGGGAGCAGGACUCCCUGAUCGCUGCAGCGAUUGGUCUGCCAUGGUUGGCAGACGUGGUGUUAUUGAGCUGGAGAAUUGUGAUCAUGCUCAAAUCAGCCCUCGGCGCGGGACUCCUUAACUUUCCAUGGGCUUUUGAGAAGGCUGGCGGCGUGAACACAGUUAUUGGUGUGGAGAUGGUGUCUCUGGUUUUUCUCAUAAGUGGGUUGGUUAUUCUCGGCUAUGCCUCGUCAAUCAGUCGGCAGAAGACUUAUCAUGAUGUGGUACGAGAGGUGUGUGGACAGAGGAUCGGCCAUCUGUGUGGGUUCUGCUUUGUUUUCAACCUCUUCAUGAUCUCUGUGGCCUUUUUGGUGGUUGUGCAGGAUCAACUGGAUAAGUUGUGUCUGUCUCUGUAUGAGACCGUGACGGGAAACACAGAAGAAGAGAUGCCAAAUCAUUGGUACACAGAUCACCGUUUUGCACUCUUUGUCAUGUGCCUCAUUAUCAUUCUUCCACUCUCUGUACCCAAAGAGAUCGGCAUCCAGAAAUACACCAGUGUAUUGGGAACUCUGGCUGCUACAUACCUGAGUGUAGCUGUUAUCGCAAAAUAUUAUCUAAAAGAUGAGCACACAGCAGACCUCACACCAGAGCAUAGUCAAGGAUUGGACUCGUGGGCCUCUAUGUUCAGUGUGGUCCCUACUAUCUGUUUUGGUUUCCAGUGUCAUGAAGCUUGUGUUACUAUAUACAGCAGCAUGGAAAACAAAAAUAUUACACACUGGGUUUUCAUCUCAGUCACUUCUAUGAUUUUCUGCCUGAUUAUUUAUACUCUCACAGGUGUGUUUGGUUUUCUUACAUUUGGACGACAAGUAGCCUCAGAUAUUCUGAUGUCAUAUCCUGGAAAUGAUGUAGUGAUGAUUAUUGCUAGGCUGCUGUUUGGGGUUUCGAUCAUCACCAUCUAUCCUAUAAUACUGCUGCUGGGAAGGUCAGUGAUUCUAACUCAAAUAUUGCGCUUUUGGGAACAACGGGCCAUAAUUACAUCUGUGUUUGAGAGUCGGUGCCGUCUGAUUCUAACAAUUCUCUGGAUCACUGUGACUCUCCUCAUCGCCAUCUACAUACCAGACAUGAGUGAGGUCAUCAGCGUUAUCGGUGGAAUUAGUGCUUUCUUUAUUAUUAUUUUUCCUGGGCUGUGUCUCAUUUUUGCCAUGCAGACAGAGCCUAUAAAUCACAGGAUGAGAGCUCUCUUGACGGGGUGGGGUGUGGUGACCGUCCUUACUGGAGCUUUUAUCUUUGGCCAGAGCACAUCUAUAGCUGUUAUGGAGCUGAUGCACAAGUUUUAAUCUUCGUCAUGGUCUUCAUCAAUUGGAAUAUCAUUGUCUUGACAAAAUGUGUUUAUUUAUUUGAUUGAUGAAUAAGACGUAUGAUACUUGAAACUGGGAAAGAGUAGCAACUACAUGUUUUAGAAGAAAAUGUCACACCACAG